CUGGCAACAUUGUAAUCGUCAGGCGCAUCAUGGUAACCAAAUAAUAUAAGUACUCAAAACAGACAGAUUUUUCUCACUAUUUAUACUCUGACAACCGUUUAGCAUUUAUAAUGAAGUUUUUAAUAUGUAUGUGUUUUCUUGUAAUUAUAGGCUUAAGUUCAGCAGAAAACGAGAAACGACCGGCUUUAAAAAGAAUAGUAAGAAGUACUCUCGGGCAGAUUACUACUGCAGCCACUGAACAAUUAAAAACCCUGAUCAUAAAAAAUUGUGUAGAAAAUGGGUUCGCCGAUAAUGAAGACGAUUUAAAGCAAUCAUUUAGUGAUCUUGAAGCAUGUGUUUCCAAAAGAAAAAUUUACGUAGAUGAUAAAGAAGAUUUUAUAAAUAAUAUUAAAGAAUGCAGUCAAGAAUCUAUUAAAAAAGUCAAAGGCUGUUUAACUGAAAAACAGAGCUACUUUCCUGAUUUUUUGUUAAAUUUGGCAACUAAAAAUGUUGAGUUGCUCUACGACGAUAAAGAAAUAAUAACCACCGACCUGGUACCAUGCAUGAAGGUUUUUCAACGAUUUGACGUAUCCUUUGGUUACCUUAAGUGUAUAGUAACUACUUCUAAAAGGACGAAUGAUACCGCAACAAUUCCAGAUUCUCUUGAAAACUAUUGUUCACGAUUUUUACCAGCUAUACACUGUUUAACUGAUAUUCUUGAUAAAGAAUGUACCCAAUAUCCAAAAGUUAAAAAGUAUAGUGAAGAUCAUCUUCGUGCGAAUGAAUAUCCCUGUGAGCAGAAAUAUGAAUAAAAAGUUUAUUUUAAAAUUCAAUCUUUACCACUAAAGUUUUAUUUAUGAGGAGCAGACUAAUAACAAGUUUUUAUUGUAUAUUGCGUUAUCAAUAAAUGUUAAUGUUUACCAAUUGA